UGUUCUUUAAAAAAAAAGGAAAUUAUUAUUUUCUACGUUUUGGCGUAUUUGUCAAGUAAAUGAACAUUCGUUAGCUACGCAGAUUUGCAAAUCUCUGACCCUUUGCCCAGUUGAUGCCACCAGUGUAGUGUCAAUUCCAAAAAGGAAUGCCCAAAAAUUCUCUGCCAAUAACGAUGUCGUUUGACGGAUUUCCUCCUUUCAUCUCUGCUCAGCUUCAGUACCUCCUCACCCAUUAUCCUCACGCAAUCAAGAUUGACCAGGUGUGCUCAGGUAGCAAGUAUUUCCCUGCAAGUCUUGAUCGUUUUACGUUGCUCAUCCCUUAUUGCCUGGACUAUCUCCGAUGGGAUAUUAUAUACAAUGUAGAAUUUCCACUUGCUGCCCCGGAUGUUAUAUUUGGACCUGAAGAUGAAGAUUUCCAUCCAUUUCUUGUACCGGGUGGUGAGAGUGGAGAUUUAAGGUUAGUCAAGAACAGUUUGACUGAUUGGAACAGCAAAGAUCCAACAAGUCUGUUGGCUAUUGUUGAGGAAUUGAGGGAUAAAUACAAGUCCUACCAAAAGAGGCUUGUUGGAGAAGUUGAUGAUGAUCGAUUGAAGUUUGAAAUUAGCACUAUCUUAUCUAGGGAGGGGAUUGAAAUGCAUAUGAGUUCUGGUUUUGAGAAGCCAGAGGAGGUCAAAUUUGCAGUUCCUUUAAUGGACAUGAACAUAAAUAAAAUGAUACUUGCAUGUCCCUGGAGGAAUCCACAAAAGAUAUACUUACAGGUUGUUUAUCCUGUUGGUAGAAAGUAUGUAUCUGCUCCUUCAGCACCUCGUCUGAAAUUAAUGUCUACUUCUGAGUUGAAAGCUCUAUUUUCCAUUGAUGAUGUCAAACUUCCUCCAUGGUUGGAUGGAAUGUGCAUGGCUGAAUACCUUCCCCAUCUAGAAGAACUCCUUCAGAGACAGGUCUCAGAGGCAGUUUCCUUAAUUGAUGUCAGGAGGCUCUUUAUCGAGGCUUUAGUCCCACUGUUUGGAAGACCAUUAGAAGCUGAUCCAGUUUUUUGCAGAAAAGCUACAUUUCUUGCUACCUCUGGUCCAGUUACUCUCCUGGUACAUUUUUUCCUCUCAACUCAGUUUCCAAAAGAGCAGCCAUCUGUGAUGAUGCAAAGUACUCAGCAUUUCAAUUCUCAUGGUGCACCAGCCAAGUCACCUCUUCUGACUGAUUAUCCAUGGAGUCCGAGAUGGGAUGCAUCUCAAAUGGCAGAGCGUAUCUUUGACUUUUUGGUGGACGAGUCCCUAAACUUCAAAAGGCACUGCAACGAAUCUCAACUUCAACACUAGAGCAAUGUUCUGAUCAACUGUCAUUGCACCAUACCUUAGCAUGUAGUAUGUACUCUUCAAUGUCAAUGCAGUAUCCAUGUGUUGUAAUUAGAUUAAUGCCUGACAACCUUGUUAGUCAUCCAAAAAAGGUUAUCGAACUUUAUUUAUAUUUAACAGGUCUUACAUGGUGACCACUAUUAAGGUGGCUCCAUUGAGGUUGGCUUGAUCAA